GAGGCUGCUGCCGCCGCCGCCGCCACCGCCGCCGCCGCGCAGAGCCGGAGCAGUAGCCACGGCUGAGAGGAGGGAGGCGGAGGAGGAGGAGGCGGAGGAGGCGCCGGACCCGGGGGUAUUUUAUGUACUACAAAAUACAGUUAUGUGUAAGGUGUGAGGAUCAUACAGCACCUGGCGUACAAUUGUCAGUAUUUAAACAGACCACAUCAUGCGUGAGUACAAGCUAGUGGUCCUUGGUUCAGGAGGCGUGGGGAAGUCUGCACUGACAGUUCAGUUUGUUCAGGGAAUUUUUGUUGAAAAAUAUGACCCAACGAUAGAAGAUUCCUACAGAAAGCAAGUUGAAGUAGAUUGCCAACAGUGUAUGCUUGAAAUUCUGGAUACAGCAGGAACAGAGCAAUUUACAGCAAUGAGGGAUUUGUAUAUGAAGAAUGGCCAAGGGUUUGCACUAGUAUAUUCUAUUACAGCUCAGUCCACGUUUAAUGACUUACAGGACCUGAGGGAACAGAUUUUACGGGUUAAAGACACAGAAGAUGUUCCAAUGAUUUUGGUGGGCAAUAAAUGUGACCUGGAAGAUGAACGAGUAGUUGGAAAAGAACAGGGUCAGAAUUUAGCAAGACAGUGGUGUAACUGUGCCUUUUUAGAAUCUUCUGCAAAGUCAAAGAUCAAUGUUAACGAGAUAUUUUAUGACCUGGUCAGACAGAUAAAUAGAAAAACACCAGUGGAAAAGAAGAAGCCUAAAAAGAAAUCAUGUCUGCUGCUUUAGACCCACAGUAAGCAGCAGCUCUGAGCCAGAUUACAGGAAUGAAGAACUGUUGCCUAAUUGGAAAGUGCCAGCAUUCCAGACUUCAAAAAAUACAUCUGAAGAGGCUUCUCCUGUUUUAUAUAUUAUGUGAAGAAUUUAGAUCUUAUAUUGGUUUGCACAAGUUCCUGGAGAAAAAAAAUUGCUCUGUGUAUAUCUCUUGGAAAAUAAGACAAUAGUAUUUCUCCUUUGCAAUAGCAAUUAUAACAGAUGUGAAAAUAAAUAUACUUGACUCUAAUAUGAUUAUACAAAAGAGCAUGGAUGCAUUUCAAAUGUUAGAUAUUGCUACUAUAAUCAAAUGAUUUCAUAUUGACCUUUUUAUCAUGAUUCCUCCCUGUCAAGCACUAAAAGUUGAACCAUUAUACUUUAUAUCUGUAAUGAUAUAGAUUAUGAAAUUUCCCCUCAAACUCAUUGCAGCAGAUAACUUUUUUGAGUCAUUGACUUCAUUUUAUAUUUAAAAAAUUAUAAAAUAUCAUUCUGUCAUAUUCUAAUUAAAAUUGUUUGUGCAUAAUGCUUUGGAAAAAUGGGUCUUUUAUAGGAAAAAAACCUGGGAUAACUGAUUUCUAUGGCUUUCAAAGCUAAAAUAUAUAAUAUACUAAACCAACUCUAAUAUUGCUUCUUGUGUUUUACUGUCAGAUUAAAUUACAGCUUUUAUGGAUAAUUAAAUUUUAGUACAUUUUCAUUUGGUUUGUGUGUUUUUGUUAUUGUUUAUAGAUUAAAGGCCUUUAUUUUAUAAUGACCACAUCAUUUUAAAUGCAAUGGUAGCUCCUUUCUGCCUGGUACUUGCAGAACACUUGGCAUUAAACCCCUAGGUAAUGGUGAUUUUUUUAAGAGCAGGUCUUGUACUUUCUGUUCUAGACAUAUUUAUUCCUCCUGUACAGUAAAAUACAUCAGACUACAUAGAAUAGUUUUGUAUAUUCUCUCUUGAUUUUAAAUAUUGUAUAUUAUUGAAUAAAAUAUUCCACUGUGUAUUAUUUUUAUAUGUAAGAAGAUAAGUUUAAUACUGUAUCAGGGUUUAACUUUUACUAUUUCAAAUCUUCCACAGCUUGUAAUUUCAUCAAGGGAAUCCUUUUGUCAUUUUUAAUUUGUUGGAAGUCCACCAAUGAAAUGUAUGUAGAACUUUUCCUAUUUGCUUUAUAAUAGAUUGAAGAACUUGAGAGAAGUGGGUGAAAGUGAAGAAGCACACCCAGGAUGUGUCAAUUGCUUUUGCUUCAACUAUAUAUGAAGCAGUACUAGUAUGGAAAAGAUUGCUAAGUUAAAAGUUUAGCUGGUUAUGGAGUGGUGCUUUUCUUUUCCUUCCCAGUCUUUUUCCACUUUCAGAAAAAUGGGGCUCAAAUAGGGCAUGGACCUAGGGUGAUAUGACUUAUGUAUUCUCUAUAGAAUUGGAGCAAAACUUAAUUAAGUGCUGGAGAAGGAAAGAAACAAGCUUAGGAAACCCUGUGCCUUGUCCCUGAGUACUAAGGAGGAGACCAGUCAUAGAAAGUCUAAAUCAUUGCUCAGGAGUCUAGAUACUGUCUUAGUGUAACCAGGUGUGAAGUAGUAUUCAUGCCUGGCUGAGACUUGCCAGGAGUGUGGUCAGCCCUUCAAUUAUAAAGUGAAAUUUCAAAAUCAGAUUUCAGAUGUAAGCUCUGACCAACCUGAGAACAUGUUACAGUAUUGUAAAAAAAAUUUGGAAAUUGUAUUCUUUUGAGUUUCUAAUAAACUUAGUUACCUAAUA